UCCUGCCCAAGGAGAAACGUUCCCCCUGAAGGCUGGGGUUGCAGGCGGCCCUGGUGGCCAACAGGUCCCCGACUUCCAGGCCCGGCACGCUUGUUUCUGGCUGAGACCAGCCACGGCCCCGGCUCAGCGCGAUGCAGCGGGGCCUGGUGCAGGUGCAGCCGGAGGUGGCGCAGGCCCCGGAGCAGGUGCAGUCGCAGGCCGAGCAGGGCGCGCCCUCCGAGAGCACCGGGCCACCGGCGGCCGAGGCCGAGAAGGCCGGGCCGAAGCGCCCGCACCUCAGGAUCUUCCCGGUUAGCCUCCUGAAGCUCGGUGCUUUCAGCAAACAAGGAGGCGGCCAGGCCGGGACCACGCGGCGCGGCGCCAAGACCGGACUCGGACACCGGAAAGGGAGUUUGGAGGGGCCCUGCGGCUGGAGCUGUCUGGUUUUCCCCUGGUGUCAGCGUUUUAACAACGUCCGUUGCUUCCUGAUUUUCUUCUGCAUUCUGGUCAUUGCUCAAUGUGUUGUGUUUGGUCUUGUAGAUCUGAGCACCGACAGUUUUAAGAAGGAAAAUAAUUUGAGCUUCAUUGAGAAUCUAUUCUUGUCAUUGACUUAUGAUAUUUCAUCUUGCCUGGUAGUAGUGUUUAUAGCAUACUAUGGAGGAAAAGGAAACAUACCAAGAUGGAUUACAGUUUCCUCCUUUUUAGUAGGAUCUGGAUCACUCUUAUUUGCUUUUCCAUACUUUGGUGUUGAAGAUUCUCAAAUGAAUGUAGAAUUUGAAGAUACUUGCCAAGAAGUGAAGAUUGUCAAGCCUUGCUCAAAAGCUUCAUUCUCAUUCCGAUCAAACUACAUGACUUUUUUCAUCCUUGGGCAGAGUGUGCAGGGAAUAGCAGCCAUACCUCUUUACAUCCUUGGAGUAACCUUUAUUUAUAACAGCGUUGCCACACACUCAGCUGGUAUUUAUCUAGGCAUUGUGGAAGCUGUAGGAAUACUCGGAUAUUCUUUGGGUUAUACUAUAGGAGCACCCCUAAUUAAGGUCUCUGUGCUAACUGUGAAUAGUACUUUUGGGAGAAGUGUUGGAGACAGUGAUGAUAAAGAACGUUGGCAGCAGAGUUGGUGGAGUUAUUUUGUUAUUAUUGCAGUUAUUGCAUGGUCUACAUUAAUACCAUUUUCAUGCUUUCCACAGAGUUUACGAGGCACAGCAAGGAUAAAAGCUGGGAAACGUAAACAGCCUCAUAUUUUGGACAGAGAUCAAACAAAAGAUCAGGAAUUUGGACCUAGUAUCAAGGACUUACUUGCUACUUUUGGGAUUCUGAUCAAGAAUCCAAUAUUUGUGUACUUAUCUCUGUCCAGAGCUUCAGAAUCUUUAGUUAUGAUCGGAGCAUCUGAAUUUUUGCCUAUAUAUAUAGAAAAUCAGUUUGUAUUAUCACCCAAUGAGGCCACUACACUUGCAGGACUUGUUUUACUUCCAGGAGGUGCACUUGGCCAGAUUCUGGGAGGUAUCAUUAUUUCCAAGUUACACAUAUCUUCUAAAGGCCUUAUGAGAUUUGUAAUAGUUACAUCUGCUGUAUCCCUUGUACUGCUUGCAUUUGUAGUUUUUGUGCACUGUGAUCCAAUACCAUUUGCUGGGAUCACUGAAGAUUAUGGUGGAAUAGGGCAGUUGGGAAACCUGACAGCUCCUUGCAAUUCUCAUUGUAAAUGCUCAUCUGCAUUUUAUUCUGCUACAUGUGGAAGAAAUGAUAUUGGAUAUUUUUCUCCUUGCUUUGCAGGUUGUACACAGUCUAAAACAUUAAAGGCUAGCAAGACAUACUACAAUUGUUCUUGCAUUAAAGAAGGAUUAACAACCUCAGAUGAUCAAGGUGAUUUUAUUGAUGCUACAAGAGGGACAUGUGAUCCAAAGUGUUAUAAAUUACCUUUGUUCAUUGCUUUUAUCUUUGCUACAAUUGUAUUUUCUGCUUUUGCUGGUGUACCAAGUAUCCUGACCAUCCUUCGGAUUGUGUCUGACAAACAGCGUCCUCUGGCCAUGGGUAUGACCUUUGUGAUUUUGAGAAUAUGUGGGACUCUACCUGGACCAGUAAUUUUUAAAAUAAUAAGAGAAACUUCUUGCAUCUUUCGGGAUACUGAGCGCUGUGGAAGCACUGGAAAUUGUUGGAUCUAUUACAAGACAAAAAUGGCCUACCUAUUGGUAGCAGUAUGUUUUACUUGCAAAGUAGCUACUAUUUUCUUUAAUGCUGUUGCAUUGAGCCUAUAUAGAAAUCUACCACAGGAAAAUAGUGAUGUCUUGGCUACAGUUGUGAAGAAUCCAAGAGUUAAAAAAAAUGAAAGAGAAGAAUCAACAUUAUGUAAGAAUUACACAAUUAUAGAAAUUAUUUACACUGCUAUUAGCAUCGUUCAUCUGAAGGUGUGUUCACAACCUUCCCGUCAGCGGCCAGACGACUCCCACAACGUCUUGUUGGUUCCCAGUCCCUGGGAAGGGGCGCGGGGGAAACCGGGGGCCCCCCCUCUCAGGCUCCUGAGGAGGCUGACGGGCCGCGCGACGAGAGAGCCCCUGAGGGGGACGCCGGGGAGGCGGGGACUCGCCCCGCGCGGGCGGCCACAGGCGGGCGAGGCCGAGGGCCGACCGCACCGCCGCGGGGCCGGCGGCCGCCAGCUCUCUGAGGAGGCUCCAGGCGACGACGACGGCGAGAGAGCCCCUGAGGCGGACGCCCGGGAGGCGGGGACUCGCUCCUCGCGGGCGGGCGAGGCCGAGGGCCGACCGCACCGCCGCGGGGCCGGACGCCCGCGCUCGGCGGCCGCCAGCUCGCGGAGGAGGCUCCGGCCCCUGAGAGGGACGCCCGGGAGGCGGGGACUCCCUCCGCGCGGGCGGCCACAGGUGGGCGAGGCCGACGGCCGCCAGCUAGCUGAGGAAGCUCCCGGGGACGACGACGACGACGGCGGCGGCGGCGGCGGAGACAGACCCCCUGAGAGGGACGCCGGGGAGGCGGGGACUCGCCCCGCGCGGGGGCGCUGCCACCUGCCCGGAGGAGGAGCCCCAGCGGAACCUGGGUGA